AUGGGUUUCAGCAUAGAUGCCUUCGCCUCGGGCAUGUGUCCGUGGGCUGAGGUGGUUCAGACCUGCGGCAUUGUCCAGAUGGGGCCUGUGGACCAGCAUGCAGCUGGCACCUGUGUCUUGGCCAGCGUGUGUGCCGGCACUGAGAACAAGCUGAGCUCCCUCUCUGACCUGGAGCAGCAGUAUCGGGCCUUGCGCAAGUACUAUGAGAACUGCGAGGUAGUUAUGGGCAACCUGGAAAUCACCAGCAUUGAACACAACCGAGACCUCUCCUUCCUGCGGUCUAUCCGAGAAGUCACAGGCUAUGUUUUGGUGGCUUUGAAUCAGUUUGAAUACCUGCCACUGGAGAACCUGCGCAUUGUUCGUGGCACCAAACUCUAUGAAGAGCGAUAUGCUUUGGCCAUAUUUCUUAACUACAGAAAGGAUGGUAACUUUGGACUCAGGGAGCUUGGCUUGAAGAACUUGACGG